AUGAAGCCGAAGACAGGAGAUAAAAACCAAAAUAUAAAGGUCUCGGUUAGAUGCAGACCAAUCAAUACACAAGAAAAGAAGCAGGGCUCAUUUUCUGUGCUGGCAUGCAAUGGUGAGAAAAAGGAAGUCACAGUAAAGGAACGUUUGGGUAUAAACCCAAACACCAAAUCCUUCUAUUUCGACCAUGUUUUCCCUCCAUCAUCCAAACAAAUGGACGUUUAUCAGUCUGUUGUUACCCCGAUCAUUGAUGAGGUUCUCUCUGGAUAUAAUUGUACUAUUUUUGCGUAUGGCCAGACUGGCUCUGGAAAGACCUUCACAAUGGAAGGAGAACGUACAGAUGACCCAGGUAUUUCCUGGGAGGAUGACCCCUUAGCUGGUAUCAUUCCACGGGCUAUGAGCCAUAUAUUUGAGCAGCUGAAAACUCAGGAUGUGGAAUUCUCUGUGAGAGUCUCAUUUUUAGAGCUCUAUAAUGAAGAAUUGUUUGACCUUUUGGGAUCUGGUGAUGAUGCCUUAAGACUCAGGAUAUACGAGGACAGCACAAAAAAGGGUUCAGUGAUCAUCAAUGGUUUAGAAGAAGUUGUAGUCCGCAGCAAGAAUGAAGUCUUUGAGAUUCUGCAGCGAGGGACGGCACGAAGACAGACUGCUGCGACGUUGAUGAAUGCACAUUCUAGUCGUUCACACACAGUAUUUUCAGUGACAGUUCACAUCAAAGAGAGUAACAUUGAUGGAGAAGAACUCCUUAAGACAGGAAAACUGUAUUUGGUGGAUUUAGCUGGUAGUGAAAACAUUGGUCGUUCUGGAGCAGUAGACAAACGGGCAAGAGAGGCUGGAAGUAUAAACCAAAGUCUACUGACUCUUGGUCGAGUGAUCACUUCCCUAGUGGAGCAUGCCCCUCAUAUACCAUACAGAGAAAGCAAGUUGACACGUCUGCUACAAGACUCUCUAGGAGGUCGCACCAAGACUUCUAUCAUCGCUACAAUUUCACCAGCUGCCUGUAAUCUGGAUGAAACCCUUAGUACUUUGGACUAUGCUCAUCGUGCCAAGAACAUCCAGAACCGGCCAGAAAUCAAUCAAAAACUAACCAAGAAGGCUUUAAUAAGGGAGUACACUGAGGAGAUAGAGAGGUUAAGGAGAGACCUACAGGCUGUUCGAGAGAAAAAUGGAAUUUACCUGGCAGAAGAAAAUUAUGUAGCUAUGCAGAAUAAGAUUACACAACAGUGUGAAAGCAUUAAAGAUAUGGAAGAGAACAUUGCUGCUUUAACAGAUGAAAUGAACAAGUUGACUGAGGUUUACACAGAAACGGAACAGAGACUUGAGGAAACAACCAAAAACUUGACCGUCACCACCGACAACCUUAUCAAGACAACAGAAAACUUACAUGAAACAAAACAAGAGCUUAAAGCCACAGUACAGGACCGUGACGAACAGAAAUACCUGGUGGCGGAACAUGUAUCUACAGAGACCUGUUUGUAUGGGGAAGCCAAAGAGUUACUGGCAACAGUUGACUCAGCCCUGUCUGAUAUUGAUGGUCUCCACAGCAAACUGGAUAGGAAAAAGGAAGUAGAGGCGAGUAAUGAGGAAUGCCAGCUUCAGUUUAAGGAACGUUUCCAGAGUCAAAUCACUCAGAUGAAGGAAGGGGUCAACAACUUUUUAACAAGCACAAAACAGUAUCAAGAAAGUCUCAUUGACAAAACAGUGAGUCUGCUUCAACAACAAAAGGACCAGGUAUCUAUCUCCUGUCAGUCUGUUACUGACCACCAACAAAGACUGACUGAUCAGGCUGGAGUCAUCGGUCAGCACAGCAGUGACCAGACUGACCUAUUCUCAAAGUGGAUGGACAGUAUCGAAGAAGCCACAGCCUCUACACAGAUGGAGCAAACUAAAGCACUUACAGAGUUCCAGACAGAUUUAUUGGAGCCAUCUGUACAGUGUGCAGUGGAAUCAAACAAUCUGUCAGCCACCAUACUUCAGAGACAAAUAGAACUCCUGCAUGCUCAGAAAACAGAGCAAGAAGAGAUUGUAAAUAAUUUCACAAAUAAAAUUACCACUAACUUGGAGACUUUGACCAAAUUGACAAGCGAUUUCUUCACGCUAAUGACAGAAGACCUUGAAGAGACAGAGAGGCAGACAGAAGAAGAAGAAAGAAUAGAUAAGGAACUUGAGGAAAAAAUAAUGCAGCACCAACAGAAACGCUUGGAACUACUGACAAAGACAAGGAACCGUAAACGAUCCAGACAGCAGGCAGUACAGCAAUUUCUUGACACCAUAAUGGGUAACCUACAGGAAGUGCAAACAGGAACAGAACAGACGAAGCCAGAACUAAUGGGAGUUGUAGCCUCUAACUGUACCAACAACCAGAGAGACCUGUCGCAGGUGCUGACGGAGGUGGACAAGUGUACAGGGACAUGUGAGGACAUCAAACAAAAAGUCAGUGACAUCAACAGUCAAACACAACAGGUUUGGUCACAGCAUCUGGAAACAAUCAAGGAGAGAAUUUCAGAGCAUAGAGAAACAACACGAUCAGGACAUGAACAGCACAAGGUUUUAGCACAGUCUCUGGUCAGUGAGGGUCAAAUUCAUACAGAUAAACUGGUUUCCCAAAUGGGAGAAAACCUACAACAAUGGGCUACCCAAACACAGGACAGACAGACAGAAAUGGAGACACAGGCACAGUUUACAUCUGAUUGGUCAAACAACAUGUCAGCUGAACUACAGAAACAUUCACAAGAUGCUGAAACAUUUUUACAUGAAGAACUAAGGAAAGAUAUUCCUACAGGUAAAACUCCACAGAGAAGAAAUAUAACUUACCCUCUACAGCUCACACAGACCACUGAACAUGAUCUUCUACUCAACAACUUCAGGGCUGACUAUAACACUGAUCCGCUUGUUACAAACCUCAGCAGUUCUCUGGAUGCAGUGGCAGAGUGUAGCCAAAAUAAGACAAGUGAGACAGAUGAGGUAGAAUCCACUCCCAGUGAAGUUGGAAGCGAGUCCUCUUGUACUUCUGGUGUUUCCAGCAUAAGUCGAGCCAGCAGCAAGAUGUCAAGAAAAGAAAACGCUCUUAAGAAGCCAAAGUUACCUUCUAAAACAAAACAGAAAAAUGUCAACACAACUCCCAGAGGAAAGACUCGUCUGCCUUUGAAAUGCCAAAACCAAGCAGAGGGAUGAUGAGACAAUCUUUACAACUUCAACAGAACAAAUCCUUCAUUUUAAAAUAGUUUUAAAAUCUAGGGAAUUUUUGUACAUUUUAUAUUGUUUUCAUCUGAAUGAAGGGAGAUAUUGUAAGAAUGCUUGUCAUCUUCUUCGAACCUGACAAAUACCAGAAGUGAGAGAUGUUCUUCACAAAUGCAGAUAAUUUCAU